CAUUACUCGAGAUUCGAGAAAUUUGCAAUCACCAAUCAGAAUAAAAUACAUACGUACCUAUUUGUAAUUUCAUCAAUAUAAACUUUAUGGGGGUGGAUGGCGGACUAGAACUACCUAUUGUGAUACUAAAACCGGUAAAAUGGCAAUGUCCAAAGGUUUCAAAGUAUUCGAAAAGUCAGCACCACCUAAUCCAUACAGUAUAAUUCUACAACACCGAAAUAAAGAUACAGCUUUACUAUUUGAAUCUCAAGCUGUUGUGUCUCUUUCCUCACAAGAAACCGAAACGUUACGGAAGUUAUAUCAUAAAAUAGCAGACGCCUACGGAUGCCUAGGAGUGCUACAAUUAAACGCUGGUGAAACUUGUAUGCUGUACCUAGUUCUUAUUACUGGGUGCAGUUCUGUCGGGAAAAUAGGCGACACUGAGGUUUUUAAAAUAACACAAUCACAAUUCCUACCUUUGUUUUAUCAUUCACAUGGAGAAGAUAAGGUUGGAGAAGUAAGGAAAUUAUUAAACUCAGGUACAUUUUACUUUUCUUGGAAUUCAGGAAAAACGAAUGAUAAUCUUUUUGACCUAACAUUAUGUGCUCAGAGGAAAAGCAAGGGAGCCAACUCGGAUAAUAGAUUUUUUUGGAAUCGAACCUUAUUCAUACAUCUCAUUAGGUUUGGUAUAGAAGUUGAGGACUGGCUUACAAGAGCAAUGUGUGGAUCUGUUGAGAUUCGCACCAUUUAUGUAGGUCACAGACAAGCAAGAGCUGUGCUAGUGUCUAGACUUAGUUGUGAAAGAGCAGGUACUAGAUUCAAUGUAAGAGGCUGUAAUGAUGAUGGCAAUGUUGCUAAUUUUGUUGAAACUGAACAAGCUGUUUAUAUAGAUGACUCUGUAUCUUCAUAUAUUCAGACUAGGGGAUCUGUACCUUUGUUCUGGGAACAGCCUGGUGUACAAGUUGGAUCUCACAAAGUUAAAAUGUCUCGAGGGUAUGAUGCCUCUACUAGUGCAUGUGAAAGACAUUUUGCUCAAUUAAAACGUAACUAUGGUUCUAUCUUUGUGGUAAAUCUUCUGGGUUCAAGUAUGAUUGGUGGUAGUGAAGGGGAAGCAACCUUGAGCAAUGCAUUUCAAAAACAUCUUAAUGAAUCAGCCCAUUGUGAUAUAGUCCAGAUUAUAUUUGACUAUCAUCAGGAAGUGAGAGGCUCAUCUAUUGAAAAUGCACUGGCCAAAUUUAAAAAAAUAAUUGAGCAACACUAUGAUGGCAUUAGUAUAUUUAGUGCUAAAGGUACAGACAUUUAUAAUGUCCAGAAAGGUGUUAUACGAACCAAUUGUUUGGAUUGUCUUGACCGAACUAAUUCAAUACAAACAUUCAUUGGACUAGAAAUGCUGGGCAUUCAGUUAAUGCUCCUUCAAUGUAUAGAUAAAAAACAGAAUGUCAAUCGGUUUGAAGAAGUAUUCAAACAAAUGUGGAUAAAUAAUGGAAAUGAAAUCUCAAAAAUUUAUGCUGGCACAGGAGCUAUUCAAGGAGGCUCUAAGUUGAUUGACGGAGCUAGAUCUGCAGCAAGAACAAUACAAAAUAAUUUACUUGAUAAUUCUAAACAAGAAGCUAUUGAUAUAUUGUUGCUGGGGUCAACAUUAAACUCAGAACUUGCUGAUCGUACAAGAAUAUUAUUACCAUCUAAUAUUUUACACACAUCAACACCAGUGUUGAGAGAAAUGUGCCGUAGAGCUAAUGAAUUUACUCAACCUACAAAUAUUCGUAUCACUAUUGGAACUUACAAUGUAAAUGGUGGAAAGCAUUUUCGAAGCCUAGCCUAUAAGGAUGUGUCUUUAGCUGAUUGGCUUCUUGAUUGUCCAAAUUCAGCAUUGGUUAACACUGUCAAUUUAAAAGAUCAUCCAUCAGAUAUAUUUGCUAUAGGUUUUGAAGAAAUUGUUGACUUAAAUGCAAGCAACAUAAUGGCUGCUAGUUCUGACAACGCGAAAGCUUGGAGUGAAGAACUUGAAAAAGUUCUGUGUAGAGAUGCAUCAUACACUCUACUUUCUAGCCAUCAGUUGGUUGGUGUUUGUCUGUUUAUAUUUGUAAGAAAAGAUUUAGUUCCACAUAUCAGAGAUGUAGCACUUGAUUCAGUUAAAACUGGCCUGGGAGGUGCAACUGGAAAUAAAGGGGCUGUUGCUAUUCGGUUAGUUAUUUAUGGUACAUCACUAUGUUUUGUUUGCGCUCAUUUUGCUGCUGGACAGUCUCAAGUAAAUGAACGAAAUGCUGAUUACACUGAAAUUACACGCAAAAUAGCGUUUCCGAUGGGUCGCUCCCUCUAUUCACACGAUUAUGUCUUCUGGGCUGGAGAUUUCAACUAUCGUAUUGAUUUGGAUAAAGAUGAAACACGUUUACUUGCGUCUCAAAACAAUAUACAACGAUUGCUAGAGCAAGACCAACUUUUACGACAAAAGUCACAAGGACUAGUUUUCAAGAAUUGCUUUGAAGGGGAAAUAAAUUUUUUCCCAACAUACAAAUACGACUUAUUUAGUGAUGAUUAUGAUACUAGCGAAAAAUGUCGGGCACCAGCGUGGACCGAUCGUAUUUUGUGGAGAAGUCGUAAACAUACAAUCGAUCCUGAUUCAACGUCGGAAUUUGCCGCCGGAAAGCUAUUACAUUAUGGCCGAGCGGAACUCAAGCAAAGUGAUCAUCGACCCGUUAUCGCAAUAUUGGAAGUCGAAGUUUUGCAAGUUAGCUAUACAAAAUGUAUGGAAGUGUUCUAUGAAGUCGUCAAGGACCUCGGACCACCUGAUGCGUGUAUAAUUAUUGAGCCAGUUGAAGAAGUUGACAGUGAAGAUACAAUAUUUAAUGAUAACCUAAUGGCCACAGUAUUACAAGAGCUAGCAACAUUUGGCGAAGUUACAUUAGUCCGAUUUGUAGAUGAUCAUACUUUAAGUGUCACAUUCAGAGAUGGUCAACACGCUUUAGCUGCAGCACAGAAGGGGACAAUCUCAGCCUCACAAAUUCCUCUCCAAGUGACGCUGAAGUCGACAGAUUGGGUGGAUAUAGUUAAAUCCGAGAUAAGUCUGUGUACUAAUAAUACUGUACCACUGUUUGGAGAUAUUCCAUUGGAUCGUCCGUUGCGCUCAGCUCCACCAACACCUAGAAGACAACAGCCAAGUCGACCACCUGCACCGUCUCCUACUCCACUUCUACCUUCUCGGGCGCCGGCUCCAACCCCAGCCAGACCUCCACCUAGACCAGUGCCACUUCCUCCACAGCCUGAGCCAGCUUCAGAGCCCUCUCUAAAUUCUCCUCUGGCUGACUCUGCUCCACCAUCGUGUGCACCUCCACCACCUCCCUCAGCAAACACCUCUCCUCCUCUCGGUGGACCACCUCCACCUGUUCCUGCUAGACAAGGUGCCCCACCUCCGUUACCAGUAAGACCGCGACCAGUUUAAAUCUUCCUAUCAAAAUUUAUAUCAUUAUGUUUUUUUACUGGUAUUGUUUGUAUUUUGUUCUUAAUAGUUUAAUAAUGUAAGUAUUAUAGGUUCUUGUAUUUUGUAUUGGCUGUGAUACAAUGUUUAUUGAAAAUCAAUCAUUUUGUCUUAAUUAGUAUUUCACUAUAUUUUUAUUUGUGUGAUGUAAGAUUAUUGUAUUAUUUGCAAUAUUUUGUUCCUGAAUGCUAUUGUAUCCUGGUUCUAAGUCAAAAUUUUGAGAUAAGUUUAUUAUUAAUUUGUCUUAGAUAUUUUUUUUAUGUUUGCUGACAUUCAUUUUCAGUACCAGUGGAUCUCUUUUUUAGCUUGUUUUCCAAUUUUUAUAAUAUUAAUUUAUAGGUUUCUUCAGGUGGCUUCAAAUUAGAUCCUGUUUUAUAAUGUGUUUUGUUUACUUGUUUUGAGUUUAUUUUAUAUUAUUUAUAUAUUUAAUUUAUACUUUAUGGAGCUACUUAACUAACUAUAUUGUCUACUGCCCUUUUUAAUUUUUUUUUAUAUAUUCAACAAUUUCAUAUUUCAAUGUUAUAUAAUUACCAUAUUUAUUGUUUAAUUAUUUAUAGUACAAGUAUAUACUUAAUAUUUUCUUUAUUAUGUAUUUAACUCUGUUGUAUUAAUCAUACAAUGAUAACAAAACGAAUUCUCUUAUAAUUCCAUUUAUAUAAUAUAAUAGGCUUAAUUAGAACUUGUUAAGUUUGAUAAUUAUUGUAGAGGAAAAUGUAGGUGUUAAUGAUUGUAUGUAAUUGAUGUGUUUUAAUGCUGGUAGUAAUAUAUGUAGGAAUUUCUGAUCAUGCAAAUAAUAUUUUCAAUUGUAUUGAGUUUCUAAUGUACUUACACUUUCUUAGCUGUAUAGGCCCAGCACAGAUUUUGAACUGAAACAAUUGUGGAAUUAUUGUGGUGAUAGAUAUAUUGAGUCACACACUCCAAGAAGUUACGAUAGAAUUUUGGACCCUCAUUAUUGGGCAUUCAAUAAAUUAAAAUGGAAAGAGUAUGCAUUAUAAUAUAAAUUAAUUAUAUAAAUAAAAAAAAUAAAGAUUGGUGAUAGUACUAUGUAUACAAAUUGUAUGUUAUGUUGAUAAAAUAAAUUAAAUCCAUAAACCAUUAUCAAAUUAGGUAUCUGGUCAAAAAUAUACUCAUAUAAUAUAGAUAAGAUUAAGAUUAUCAAAGCUUAAACUUAAAUAUUUGAUGCAUUUCACAAUAAUGGUUAUUGUUAAGUAGGUACCUGAUUUUAUUUAUUUUUUAUUAUAUUCAAUAUAGGUAUAUUGAAAAACUGGUGAAUGCUAAAGGACAAAUUAUAUUAUAAGAUUUACGCAUUGAUUUAAAGCACUCAUAGCUGAGAUGUAAUGUAUGUAGUGCAAAAAUUGAAGGCUCUCAGUAAAUAUAUAGUGGCCAGUGUGUUCUAUAUCAAAGUUGAAUAAAUAAUAUUAAAGAC